AUGCCCAGCGAGCCCGCUCCUCAAGCUUACUUCCACAAAGUCCCUAGCAUCAAGGGCGUACCGAAAUCGAAGAACGCGAUCAGCGUCCAAAUGCUUCAGGUUCUAAACGUGCUCAUAUUCUACUCUUCCACUCCAGGUUCUUUUUGCGCAGGCGCGGAUCUCAUCGAACGGCGCUCCAUGAGUGAAGAUCAAGUCCGCGACUUUCUUUCUCAUCUUCGACUCGUUUUUAGUAGCAUAGACCGCCUCGAGUUUCCUACCAUCUGUGCUAUAGACGGUCCUGCACUUGGAGGAGGUCUGGAGCUUGCACUGACGUGCGAUUUCCGUAUAUGCGCCCGAGAUGUGACCAAGAUCAGCUUCCCUGAAGUCCGCCUGGGAAUUAUACCAGGAGCUGGAGGUACACAGCGUGCUCCGCGUCUCAUUGGGAUGAACAAAGCGAAGGAACUCAUUUUCACGGGUCGUUCGCUCACCGCUUCCGACGCGCUGGAGCUGAGUCUCGUCGAUUACCUUGCUGAUUCAUCUUCUACCGCUUAUGAAAGGGCAUUGAAAUUGGCCGAAGAGAUGGCACACAGUGCACCGUUGGCUCUGCGUGCCGCAAAGACAGCCAUUUCUCGAUCUUGCGAACUGCCGCUAGAGUCUGCGCUCGACUAUGAGCGCUUGUGCUACGAACCUCUCCUGGACACGCAAGAUCGUUUGGAAGCCCUGGAUGCAUUCAAAGAAAAGAGGACACCAGUUUUCAUUGGAAAGUAA